AUGACACCUGCCCCAGUAACAGCAGGUAAUAACCCCCUGCUUCCCAGCAGCUCCGAUAAUGAUACUAAAAUUAAACAAUCAGCCAUGCCUAGUGAAGUGGAUAUGCAAUUCUACUAUCAGCGCUUGUUACCAUUCAAAUACAUAUUCAACUGGACCAGUCAUUCUCCAAAACCGACUAAGGAUUUCACAAUGAGGGAGUUUGCGUAUGAGUAUAGAAGCACUGCAUACAAGCGGUACAACUCGUACAGUAAUGUAGACGAAUUCAAAAAGGCAGUAGUUAGUGCCAAUCCAACGCGUUUUGAAAUUGGAGCUGUCUAUAAAGUUGCUCCAAAAGAGAGAUAUAACCUACCCAAGCAGGCUUUGAAACCAGUUAGUAAGGAAUUGGUGUUUGAUAUUGAUUUGACAGAUUAUGACGACAUUAGAACUUGCUGUCAGGGAACGGACAUUUGUUGUAAAUGUUGGAAGUUUAUCCAAGUUGGAUCAACAAUAAUUGAGGAUUGUUUGAGACAGGACUUUGGUUUCCAACAUAUGGUGUGGGUGUUUUCUGGACGUAGAGGUGCCCAUUGUUGGGUCAGUGAUAAGAGAGCGAGGGAGUUGGAUGAAAACAGCAGAAGGUCCAUUGUGGAAUAUCUUGAUGUUUUAGGUGGAAAACAUGCAAAGGGCUCCAAAGGCUUUCAUGUGAGAAAACCAUUCCACCCUCACGUUGAGAGAAGUUUUGAGAUCUUGAAGAAAAGAUUUAUUGAAAUAAUUUUGGAGGAUCAAGACCCAUGGUAUACAGAUCCAAACACUGAACCGGAUUCCAAAAACUGGAAGCAAGUAGAGGAGCUUUUAAGCUUUAUGCCAAAUAAGGAGUUACAAGUAGAGUUGAAGAAAAAGUGGCAGGGGGAGCGCAAAGUGUCGACAUCUAAGGAUAAAUGGGAGGACUUGAAUACCGUUGCUUCCAAAGUGCUCAAGUCAAAUGCUCAAGUUGCCUUGUUACUGGAUGCAAAGAAAGAACUAAUCAUUUAUUAUCUCUACCCAAGGUUGGAUAUCGAAGUGUCAAGACAAAUCAUCCAUUUGUUGAAAUCCCCAUUCUGUGUGCAUCCAGGUACAGGCAAUGUUUGUGUCCCCUUCGAUCCAAAAAAGAAUAUAUCGGGCAUUGCUCUGGAUGAUGCAUAUGGCUUCAAUCCUACAACGGCUCCAAAUUUGAAGCAAUUGCUCACUGAGAUUGACGAGUAUGAACAAAAUGGAGACAAUAAUAUUGAUGAUGUGAAUGUGCCGGCAUGGGAAAAAACCAGUCUCAAACCUUAUGUUGAUUUGUUUAAAAGGCACGUGGGUGAAUUGCUCAAGACAGAGAUGAGAGAUAGCAAGAGAGGCUUGGACUCGGAUCCUUAUGAAUUCUAA